AUGUCGGAACAGGCAGACGAGUUUCUGGAGAAACCCCAACCGGGGGUUUUCUCAUGGAUCGUACCUGCUUUCAAGUCACGGCGAACGAUGAAAACCUGGUUCAGAUGUUGUGUUGCACUGACCGCCACUCUUGUGCUGAUGGUGGACAAGAAAACUUCGCUAAACAUGGGGCAGGCUUCUUUCUUUGCUGCGAUCAUUUGUGUCAUGUUACCACCUUCGCUUCCACUUUCAUUGUUCGUGGUUGCGGCGCUUACUCUCAUGAUAGGGAUGUUGGUUGGUUGGGCUUGGGGUGCUGCCGCCAUGGCGGCAUCCGCGUCGGUCAGAAAUCAGGCGUUGAUAGUGCAGCAGCAGAGGAAGCUGCAGUCCUCCCUCGUGGCCGGAAUAUCUCCUGCAUUACAGAUUCAGAAGGGUGUUUUUAGUGGCGUCUUUCUUGACCCACGCUCUUCUGCGGUGUAUGGAAUUUUCUUCUUCAUUGGCACAUUUUUUAUGGGUGUCCUGCGUGCAUUCAUUCCCAAUCUUGCACUCUUGAGUGUCUUUGGCUGCAUUGUUUUGGAUAUCAUCUGCACUUAUGGACCUUCGUUUCCAACUCCACAAUAUACCAUUGCCAAAACAUUCUUGAUCCCAACGACCUACUAUGUUGCCAUCGCCAUCGCGUGCCUUGUGUUUGUUUUCCCGGAAAGUUUGAAUCAUGUCUGGCUUACAAUACUGGAGAGAGACUUUUUCACACCUACGCUGGAGCUUCUCUUGCUCCAAAACGAAGUCCUGAACUCACGUCCAUCGGACCGCGCAGCUUGGGCAAGGGCGACUGCAAGGGCGAACGGAUUUAGAGAGGCUCUUAUUCGUGGGACCCAGUCUCUGUUGAUCCAGAUUGGGACCAUUGAUCUUGAGUUCUCAAUUGGCAGACUUGGGCCUAAAGAUCUCAAGAAGGCCAAUGCAGAGCUCAAAUCUCUCAUGUUUCGCGCAGCAGGUCUUCAUUCCUUCCAAGUCCUCGUCAAUGAUAUCAACCUUGGCGAUGAGAAGGAAGAAAAGGAAGUAGAAGCCAGAGCUCGCCGCGGUGACCAGACGCCGAGGACUGUUGAUCGAUUUUCCACUCUCCGGCGGCAGAUUCAGGAACGCGAGGCCCGCCAUGGCAAUGACCUGGACACUCUUAUACCUAUUCUUUCGUCAUCAUCUGAAAAUCUACGGUCUGCAUGCGAAUCUGCAACGCGAGCUGCCAUGGACUGGUUUAAAGCUUGCAAUACCGGUAGAUGGACCGCAUUCUUCACAAAGCUCGAUCAAACCCAUGUAGAAGCAAGAAGCGCGGGCUUGGAGGAACAACGACGGCUGGUGGAGACUGCUUUGGAUGACUUCAGGAACGUGCAGCGCAUCAAGCUGCUGAAGCCCUAUGAAAAGUUUUUCGACCCGGUAACAAAGAAGUUGAUCCAUGAGCUGAACAGUCCCGAGAUGUUUUCGGCCAGAUCCCUGUUUAUCUGCUUCGUCUUCACUGAGGCUAUUGAGGCCUUCGCUGAGCAUAUAAUGAAGGUUCUGAAAUGUGUUGUGGAUUUAGAUACGCAACGGCCAAAACCCCGAUUGUGGAUGCCAGGCAGUCUGAAUCAGAUCGCUCUCAAGAUCAGAGGGACCAAGGUUGAAGGAGCUCAAGGUAUCAUGGCCAUGGGAGCGACAUCUGAUCCAACCUUUUUUGAAGAUUCUGAUGCGCAGGAGGAGUCGGAUUCAGAUGAUGAAGUAGAGCAACAGCCUGAGAAACAGCGGGAGCCCGAAAAGAAGGAACCCAAGAAGGAAAAUCGGAAUGGAAAUGAAGCUCGCAGGAAUCCCGAUGCCCUCCCUCCAACGACGGUAUUCGGAAGGUUCUUUGUCCGACUUGGCAGCUUCUUCCGGUUCCUUAAAUCGGCCGAGGGUAUAUUUGCUCUUCGGCUGGCAAUCGUGUCAGUUGCUCUUUGGAUCCCAUCGGUUUGUCACACAAGUGCUUGGUUUUAUUAUGAAAACCGAGGUCUGUGGGCGUUGAUCAUGGCUCAGACUGGCCUGGGGGUGUACGUUGGUGAUCAAAUCGCCGACUUUUUGAACCGUAUCACGGGCACCAUUCUGGGUUUACUUUUUGGCAUGGUUGCUUGGUACAUCGCUGCUGGACGCGGACAUGGCAACCCAUACGGAGUGGUCAUUGCAUCAGUUGUUUUCAUCGCUCCAUUCCUCCUCGGUCGAAUUGCCGCUCCUCGAGCUCAAACGGUACUUUGGGCUAUAACGGGAGUAACAAUUGUAUUGAUUACGGGCUACAGUUGGAUGAACUCAAAUGAAGUAGUGCUUGUAAAUUAUGGUGUUGGUGUCUCUCUGGGGUGGAAGAGAGCCUUGCUCGUCAUUAUUGGAUUCACAGCAGCGUUCGUUGUUAUGCUUUUGCCAUUUCCCGUAUCGACUCGUGUCUUGGUCCGCAAAACCUUUGGAGCAACUGCUGCAGAGAUUGGGAAACUAUUCGCGGGAGAGGUGGAAACUUUCUUGACGGAGGAAGCAAAGGCGAGGACUGCCAAUGUCGAGAAGACAGAGUUUGCGGAUAAAAAAGUUGAAGACGAAUCGGAAUGCACCAAGGAGAAACGUGUGCGGGUGAUCGCCAAGAGGGUAAUCAACGUGUUGGAACGCUUGGAAAAGGUUGCCCCAAGUCUUCAAACCGCCAAGUUUGAGCCCCAACUUCAGGGUUUAUGGCCUCAAGAACAAUACCAACAGCUCUACAAAGUACAGACACGGGCCCUCACUUCUCUGGUUAUCUUGAUCACUGCGUUCUCGAAGCUUGAUAUCAAAUGGUGUAGGAUACUUGUCAACCGGACGCCAUUCCUCAAUCCAAACUUUCUCUCAGACGUCUUUUCGGUCCUCUCUAUUCUCUCUGGCGCACUGACAAACGCACACCCCCUCCCCGCAUUCAUGCCCAAACUCAGAGAGCGUCUGAUAUUCUACGAACGGCAGUCGGGCAUGAAAACGCUAGCCUUGGGGACCUUUGCUGAUAAAGUGCGCCGUGAUGCUGACAAAGACUCAGAAGCCAGUAUAUCCGAGGACGAUACUUUGGAGUUCACGGCUGGUAGAGUCGAUGGGUCAACCAUUGGAUUUGAGGAGUUGUCAUUGGACGUGUUAUUGGACGAUCAACUGGCUGUUCAUUCAACUGCUGUCGUGGCACUAUCAAGUCUCAUCUCUCGCCUCGACGAAAUGGCAGACAUUGUAAGAUCACUCUGCGGUGAAGCUACCUUCCGUGGAUUCGACGAUCUGCAAAGAGAUUACCUUGAGAGAGAAGAGAGAACUCUAGGGAGCGGGCUCUCUGCGAAAAUGCAAUAG